UUCAAAACCCGACCCGCUUUCUCACUUCCUUCUCUGUGAUCUCUCUCUCUCUCUCGUCGUCGACGUGAACGAACCAAAACACGAAUUACUCUUCGCUGAGCUUUUCAUUUCCGACGCUUAAAGAGAGAGAGAGAGAGAGAACCGUUUUUGUAGAGAGAGAAAUUCCCAAACAAUGGACGAGAAUUCUGCGAUAAUCGAAGCAAUUCUCAAGGAAGAAGAGGAAGAAGCAAAAAAAGACAGAAGGAUAGAAAGGAAGGACGACGACGCCGCUUAUGCCUGGCAAACGGUGUCGUAUCAGAAACGUAAGAGGAAGCCGUCGAAGCCGCCGGUGCCGGAGACCAUUCCCGAUCUCCCUAACGGUUCCGGCGUUACCGACGUGUUCCGGUCGGUCGAGCAGCGUUCGGAGGAACGACGGAGGAGAGCUAUGGAGUCUCGGAGGGAAGCCGAUGCUGUUGGUGAUACCGCUGUCGCCGGAUCGAAGCGGCAUUCCGAUGGUGCUGAUACUGAUGAUGAAGAAGCGUCUGCGGCUCAGAAUGGAGGUGGUGGCGAGGUGGAGAAAGCAAAGGUGAAGAAACCGAAGAAACCGAAGGUUACGGUGGCUGAGGCGGCUUCGAAGAUCAAAGUAGUUGAUCUCGAAGCUUUUCUUGCUGAAAUCACUGCUUCUUAUGAAUCGAAAGAAGAUGUACAGCUCAUGCGUUUCGCUGAUUAUUUCGGUCGAGCAUUUGCCUCUGUCAAUGCCGCCCAGUUUCCAUGGUUGAAGACUUUCAAGGAAUCUACUGUUACAAAGUUGGUUGAUAUCCCUCUUUCUCAUAUAUCUGGAGAUGUUUACAAGACAUCAGUUGAUUGGAUUGGCCACAGAUCUCCUGAAGCACUUCGUUCCUUUGUGCUGUGGUUAUUAGAUAGCAUUCUUGCAGACCUUGCAAGCCAUCAAGGAACUGUUAAGGGAUCCAAAAAGGUUGCAAAACAAGCACCAUCAAAGUCUCAGGUUGCCAUAUUUGUUGUCUUAGCAAUGACAUUGCGGCGGAAGCCCGAUGUAUUGAUCAGUUUAUUACCUGUAAUGAGAGAAACUUCAAAAUAUCAAGGGCACGAUAAGCUUCCGGUUGCUGUGUGGUCAAUAGCUCAGGCCUCUCAAGGAGAUCUAAUUGUGGGGUUAUACAUGUGGGUACAUCUUCUGUUGCCCUUGAUGGGUAGCAGAUCAUCUUGUAAUCCACAGUCCAGAGACUUGAUUUUGCAGUUAGUGGAGAGAAUUCUGUCUACUCCUAAAUCUCGUCCUAUUCUAUUAAAUGGUGCUGUCAGAAAGGGGGAGCGCCUAGUGCCACCAUCAUUUCUUGACCUUUUGAUGAGAAUCACUUUUCCUGCCCCUUCAGCCCGAGUUAAGGCAACGGAGAGGUUUGAAGCUGUUUAUCCACUCUUAAAAGAGAUUGCCCUUGCUGGUUCCCCAGAAAGUAAAGCGAUGAAGCAAGUUAUACAGCAAAUAUUGAACUUUUUAGUCAAAGCUAUUGAAGAAGAGAUCCCUGAACUGUCUAAAGAAGCAAGUGACAUUUUUAUAUGGUGCUUGAAGAGAAACUCAGAAUGUUAUAAACAAUGGGACAUGUUGUAUCUGGACAAUCUAAAAGCGAGUGUUGUCAUCCUGAGUAAGCUGAAUAAGGAAUGGAAGCAGUUCACUGUCAAACAUGCUCGUGAUCCUUUAAACGAAAUCUUGAAGAGUCUCAAGCAGAAGAACGCAAGGGCAUUGGCAGAGGAAGAAGACAGUGGCCGCUGUGCGUUGUUGAAAGAUGCAGAAUUGGAUUGCAAAAUGCUUUACAUACGAAUAAAUAAUCGCCAAAUACGGAAGAAGUUCAUCUACGUUUUGUGUGGGUUCCUAGUUGUCAGUAUUACAGUUAAGAUCCUAAGCCUGCCAAUGUUUGGAGGAUAUCUACAAAAAUCCUAAGGUUUCACACUUGCCUUGAACUUUUUACUUUCUCUCUUAUAAAUAGGGGACACCAAAGGUUUAAUCAUAAAUCCGGCACAGUUAAGCGAGAUGGUCUAUGAGAAUAUGGAUAGAGGAUAUAUCCAUAGGGCUUUACUAAAAUUAGAAAUGAAGAGUUAGAAACUAAGUGUGGAUUGACCUAUACCAGGGCGCUGAUGUAUCUGGUUUUUCAGUAUAAUGUUUGAGGGCUUUUUUUUUUUGGGGACUAAUAUGUGGUUUGGUUUUUGGGAUUGUUGUUAUGUUCUGUUCUUUUUGCUUUUAAAAGAAAUAUAUAUAUGUAAUAUAAAUAUUUGGCCAAAAGUUGAACGUUCAAAAGUGGAAUUGAAACUCAAAUAACUUCAAUUA